AUGGCAACCCCAGAAAGUAUAAGAAUAGUUGUAGUUGGAGAUGAUGAAGUUGGAAAAUCAUCGUUGAUUUCAUCAUUAGUUAAGGAAACCACCAUAAUUGAUCGUCAAUUACAUAAUAAUAAUGUCUUACCUCCAAUAACCAUAUCUAGAGAUGAUUAUUUAGAAAGUAUUCAAGAGUAUUCAUCUAUAAAUAAUGAAAUUCCAUUACCUCCAAAGAAACAAAAUUCUAAAAAACAAAAUAUUAAGCCAAGUUUACAUGAUUCAAAUGAUGAUUUACUGAUACUGAAAUAUAUCCCUACUAUAACUACAAUUAUCGAUACAUCAAGUUCCGAUAUGAAUAAUCUUCAACAAGAAUUAAAAAGAGCUGAUGUUAUAUGGUUAGUUUAUUGUGAUCAUUAUACAUAUGAAAGAAUAUCAUUACAUUGGAUGCCAUUAUUUAGAAGUUUGGGAGUUAAUUUACCUAUUAUAUUAUGUGGGAAUAAAUCAGAUUUAAUAAGUUUAAAGAAAAAAUUUAUAAAAUCACAAAAUUCUGAAGAAUUUAUACCAUUAAUUAAUGAAUUUAAAGAAAUCGAAGCAGGAAUUAGAUGUAGUGCUAAAAAUAAUUAUAAUGUUGUUGAAUGUUUUUAUUUAUGUCAAAGAGCAAUAACUCAUCCAAUAUCUCCAAUAUUUGAUUCAAAAGAACGUGAAUUAAAACCUGGUGCUAUAAAUGCUUUGAAAAGAAUUUUCUUUUUAAGUGAUACUGAUCAAGAUGGUUAUUUAAAUUAUAAAGAAUUUUCAAAUUUACAUAAAAAAGUAUUUAAUAAAGAUGCUGAAGUCGAAGAAUUUAAUGAAAUUAUACAUAAAAUAGAUGAGGAAAUAUUACCUGAAUAUUCAAAUAAUUCCACCCCUUUAAUUAUUUCAGAAGAUGGAUUUCUUAAAUUGAAUAAAAUUUAUGCUGAAUUGGGUAGACAUGAAACAAUAUGGGGUAUUUUAAGAGCAUUUAAUUAUACAAAUUCUUUAUCAUUAAAUGAUAAUUUUUUAAAUCCAAAAGUUGAUAUCAAUCCAAAUUCAAGUGUUGAAUUAUCACCCACGGGAUACAAAUUUUUUGUUGAUUUAUUUAUUAAAUUUGAUAAAGAUAAUGAUGGUGGGUUAAAUGAAUUAGAAUUAGAACAUUUAUUUAAACCAACUCCUGGUAUACCUAAAUUAUGGGUAGAUAAUCAAUUUCCAAAAUCAAUAGUUUGUAAUGAUGAAGGAUUUGUCACAUUACAAGGAUGGUUAGCACAAUGGAAUUUAACUACUUUUUUAAAUUAUAAAACUACUUUAGAAUAUCUUGCAUAUUUAGGAUUUGAGCUUGAUUCAACAAAAGCUAUUAAAAUAACAAAACCAAGGAAAGUUCGACAAAAACAUGGAAAAUUAUUAAGAAGUUCAAUUAAUGAUCGAAAUAUUUUUAAUUGUUUUAUAGUUGGUGCACCAAAAGCAGGUAAAACUUCAUUAUUGGAAACUUUUUUACAUAAUUCUUAUAGUGAAUUCUACUCCCCUACAAUUCAACCAAGAUUGGCUGUUAAAGAUAUUGAAUUAAGAGGCGGGAAACAAUGUUAUCUUAUACUUGAAGAAUUGGGAGAAUUAGAACCAGCUAUACUUGAGAAUAAAUCAAGAUUAGAUCAAUGUGAUAUAAUUUUGUUAUGUUUAUGA